AUGAAGGGAAAAUAUGCAUUAUUAGGUACCUUAGUUUUGUUGAAUUGCGUAUUAGGCAAUAAAACUGAUACAAUAGAAGAUGAGAUAAAUGAAUUAACUGAAAAGUUAAACAAUUUAGAACAAGAUAUCGCUUCUAAUCACAUCUCCGAAGAUGAGGUUAGCGACGAAAUCGAGGAAUUAAAGAUGAAGAUCGAGGAGUUGAAAAAGCUGGCCGAAGAUUAUGACAAUGACACAGUCGAAGGUAAUGCAGAGACACAAGAGGGUGGAAGUGCAGGCACAGGCGGUGCAGAUGGAGUUAGUGCAGGCGGGUCAGGUUCUAAGGCAGCUGGAGAUAAUGCAGACGCAGGCGGUUCAGGUGUGGGUGGCGCAGGUGGCCCAGGUGCAGGCGGAAGCACAGGCGGUGCAAGCGGUUCAGGUUCUGGCGCAGACGCAGGCACAAGUGGAAGCGGUUCAGGUGUGGAUGGCGCAGGUGCAGGCGCAAGUGGACCAACCGGACCAGCCGGACCAGGUAGUUCAACUGGGCCAAACGGAGCAAGUAGCCCAAAUGCGCCAGGAGGUACUGGAGCUCAAGAUAGUUCUAAGGGAACUGGAAGCCAAGGCGUUUCUCAGGAACCUGGAAGUCAAGGUGAUUCUAAGGGACCUGGAAGCCAAGGUGAUUCUAAGGAAGCUGGAAGCCAAGAUGGUUCUAAGGAAUCCCAGGGAACUGAUACAAAACAGAAAUCUCAGGAUUCUCAGGAAUCCCAAGGAGCCAAGGACCCCGCUCCCGAUGCAGAGCCAAAAGGGUCCGGAAUAAUAUAUCUUGAUAGCCUUUACGAUGAACUUCUUAGUGACGCGAAUAAAAAAAAAUUAAUCGAUUCUGAGCACCAUACUAAAUAUAAUGAAUUAAAAAAAAAAUAUGAUCAUUUUGCAAUAACACCAAAAGAAGCUGAAAUAAUAAAAGAUUUAUUAGUAAAAAUGUUUGUAACUAAUACUGAAAAUAAAGCAAAUGAAUUAUUAGCUGUAUUUAAAAAAGCUUUAACUGAUGAAGAAUUUGCAGAAGAAUUCGAUAAUAUAAUAUCUGGUAUUUAUGCCUUUUCAAAAAAAAAUAAUCAUUUAGUAAUUGACCAAGUAGAAUAUAAAGAAAAAUAUGGUAAAUUAUAUGAAACUAUGAGCAAACUUUUUCAAACUUCAUCUUUUCAAGCAUCAACCAAUACUGCCUAA